UGCCUAGUUACACAAGCUCGCCAGCCGGAACAGCAGCUUCUCGCCUGAGGUGCUUCUGCCCGGCGAGAGGGGCCGAUUCCGAAGCCGACUCCAGCAAUGGCCUUUGCAAAUCUACGGAAAGUGCUCAUCAGCGAUAGCUUGGACCCUUGCUGCCGGAAGAUCCUGCAAGAUGGAGGGCUGCAGGUGGUGGAGAAGCAGAACCUGAGCAAGGAGGAGCUGAUAGCCGAGCUGCAGGACUGUGAAGGCCUUAUCGUCCGCUCGGCCACCAAGGUGACCGCUGACGUCAUCAAUGCGGCAGAGAAGCUCCAGGUGGUGGGCAGGGCUGGCACGGGCGUUGACAACGUGGAUCUGGAGGCCGCAACGAGGAAGGGCAUCCUGGUCAUGAACACUCCCAAUGGGAACAGCCUCAGUGCUGCGGAGCUCACCUGUGGGAUGAUCAUGUGUCUGGCCAGGCAGAUUCCCCAGGCGACGGCUUCGAUGAAGGAUGGCAAAUGGGACAGGAAGAAGUUCAUGGGAACAGAGCUAAAUGGAAAGAUUCUGGGAAUUCUUGGCCUGGGCAGGAUUGGGAGAGAGGUGGCCACCCGGAUGCAGUCCUUUGGGAUGAAGACUAUAGGAUACGACCCCAUCAUUUCCCCAGAGGCCUCGGCCUCCUUCGGAGUUCAGCAGCUGCCCCUGGAGGAGAUCUGGCCUCUCUGCGAUUUCAUCACUGUGCACACACCUCUCCUGCCCUCCACCACAGGCUUGCUGAAUGACAGCACUUUCGCCCAGUGCAAGAAGGGGGUGCGCGUGGUGAACUGUGCCCGGGGAGGGAUUGUGGACGAAGGCGCCCUGCUCCGGGCCCUGCAGUCGGGUCGGUGCGCGGGAGCCGCACUGGACGUGUUCACAGAAGAGCCACCGCGGGACCGAGCCUUGGUGGACCACGAGAACGUCAUCAGCUGCCCCCACCUGGGCGCCAGCACCAAGGAGGCCCAGAGCCGCUGCGGGGAGGAAAUCGCUGUCCAGUUCGUGGACAUGGUGAAGGGAAAGUCUGUAGCGGGGGUUGUAAACGCCCAGGCCCUGACUAGUGCCUUCUCUCCACAUAUCAAGCCCUGGAUUGGUCUGGCAGAAGCUCUGGGGGUGCUGUUGCGAGCUUGGGCGGGGUCCCCCAAAGGGACCAUCCAGGUGGUAACACAGGGAACAUCCCUGGAGGACGCUGGGAGCUGCCUAAGCCCCGCAGUCAUCAUCGGCCUCCUGAAAGAAGCUUCCAAUCAGGUGGAUGUCAACUUGGUGAACGCCAGGCUGCUGAUGAAAGAGGCUGGCCUCAAUGUAACCAUCUCCCACAACUCUGCUGCACCAGGGGAGCAGGCCUGCGGGGAAUGCCUCCUGACCGUGGCCCUGGCAGGUGCCCCCUACCAGGCUGUGGGCUUGGUCCAGGGCACCACACCUGUGCUGCAGGCCCUCAACGGAGCUGUCUUCAGACCAGAAGUGCCUCUCUGCAGGGGCCUGCCCCUGCUCAUGUUCCGAGCUAGGCCCUCCAACCCUGGGAUGCUGCCUACCAUAAUUGGCCUCCUGGCAGAGGCAGGAGUGCAGCUGCUGUCCUACCAGACCUCGGUGGUGUCCGAUGGGGAGACCUGGCAUGUCAUGGGCAUCUCCUCCCUGCUGCCCAGCCUGGAGGCCUGGAAGCAGCACGUCACUGAGGCUUUCCAGUUGCAGUUCUAACCUUGGGGCUCACCAGUCCAUCUCGAGGGCUGUUCUGAAGAAACCUGCCCACUGUGAUCAACAGGGAGAGGAGAUCCACCUUCCUGGGGCUGACACUGUGCUGCAGACCCCUCCUGACCCCUGUAGUACAGCAAUAACCACCUAAUAAAGAGCCUACCCCAAA